AUGGGAAAGUUUUCGAAAUCUGAGACAAACAAGAAAGAGACUCACGUGGAGUCUUCGGGCGAUAACAAAAGAUUGUUUUCAAAUCUGAAGAAAGGCACUCAAGUAAUUCAUGACCACUCAAAUGCAAACAAAAGAAGGGAAGCAAACCCGCCGCGUGGCAUGAAAGCUUAUGGAGCCACUAAUAAGGCCAGUGGAAAGGUUUAUCUGCGGACUAAGCCGAGAUGUGACGAAUGCAAGUUUCACCAUGAAGGUCGAUGCCUGAUACCUAAGUGUGACAGAUGUGGAAAAGAGGGACACAGCAGAGAUGCCUGUUGGGCAAGAUACCCCAACCGAGGAGGAACCGAUAGCUACAACCAAGGCGGAAACAACAAUUGUAGAGUUCCAGGUUGCUUCAAUUGUGGUGACGUGGGGCACUUUAGAAAAGAUUGCCCCAAGAAGAACCAAGCGAGGAAGAGACUUCACGAUCAGAGCUUGUGA